UGUUGCGUUUGCUUUUGCAGCCUUUUAUACUCUUCUAUAUUUUCCUAGUAGUGGCCGAGAAUUCUUUUAUUUUCCUCUCUCUAUUCACCUCUGCUUGGAGAGUCCUGGACCAAAGCGCGCGUCAAGGGAUGUUUUCCCGUGGUGCCUUUCGGCGCACAAAUUUGGCGCAUGCGUUCUUCAGUUGCACUUUUGGGAGCAUCGCAGCAAGAUGGCGACUCCUGCCAAGUCGCUGGACGAUCUUCUCAACUCAGAGGUCGAUGAGAGCGCAGUAAGUGCCUUAGUCGGGUCUCUUGAGUCCCAGUUACUCUCCCAAAGUACUGCCGCAUCCACGGGGCAAGUUUCAGGGUCCUCGGCGGACGCUAAUCAUGUCAAUUCUGUGUCGGUGUCUGACGGCACUUCGCAAGGACAAAAACUAGGCUUAGCUAACAUGAACCCUAACGUUCACGGCUUGGUAAAAUCGGAACUACAGGUGGAAAGUCAGAACUCCAUGUUGAGUAUAAAACCUCCAGUCCACGCCUUGAACGCAAGUUCUGUGGUGUCUUCAACCUUGGUGAGUUCCGUAGUAGCUAGUAGUGUUUCCAGUGGAAACGUUAGUAUGGUUUCAGCAUCGAACAGUUUGAACUCGACCGGAUCUAACGUUAACGUUAUAGGAAACAACAUUCCAAACGCCACCAUUUCAUCAAGUUCUGCUCAACAAGGCCAAGCGCCUUCUAAUGCAGGAGCGCCACUGCUUGUAAACACUGCAAGCACUGCUUCCACCGUAAACUCUGCCAGUGUUUCAAAUGUGGGAGGAUCCAUCACUGCCGGUAAUGUAGGGGUGGUCCAGAAUAAUCCCAUCGUGUCAAUAAAUGGAGGGUCGUCAAACUUCCCGCCUAACACAGUGGCAACCACAGCCAGGAGAACUCCUCCAAACAGUUCUGUACCAAACCAGCCUCCACCUUUUUCAGUAAGCGUUGUUCAGCAGCCAAACGGAAUGCCGUCGACCGCACACACGACAGGUGCAUCCCAAAACAAACCCCUCACCAUCACUGUAACAGUGCCCAAACCAACAACACCCACACCAAACAUCAACUCGAAAAUGACUGUCCGAGAGCAGCUUGCUGCCCAGCAUAAGCUGCUUGGUGCGCCAGGUGCAGUACAGCCAGGUGUUGCAAAUGCUGGUGCAUCUGAUCAGGUGCAGGUGAAUCCGUCAGGUGUCAACGGCCCGCACGUAGUGAAACAAGAAUCAGGUAGCCAACAACCGAGCCUGGCACCAAAUAUGGUUACUAUUGGACAAGGUGGGAUACAGCAUGGGACGUUGCAGCAGCCCGGUACGCAGCCAGGCACAGUACAACCUGGAACGAUACAACAGCAGGCUAUACAGCCCCAGGUGACUAUACAGCAGAGAACAGCACAGCAACCAUUGAUAAAUGUUGUAACGGCCACAACUAUCAGGAAUGCUAACCCCGGUUCAGUCACUGUGGUCCCCUCAGCUCCGGGAAAUGCACCGCAGACCAGGCUCGUCGCGACCGUGCAGCAACCGUCCACGCACCAGCAACAACCCAACAGACCAACCAUCACGUCAACGCCAAUGAGAAUAACGCCUCAGCAGCCGGCAAUCGCACCACGGCCGCCCGGACCAAUGACGGCCACUGUCACACUUCCGCCCGGUUUCACGAUACCCCAGGGGAUGGUUCUCGUGAAGCAGGAGAACGGUAAUCUGGCGUUGAUGCCGGCGAGCGCGCUACCUGCCAGCUUACAGCCUCGUCCCAAUGCCAGCAACGUACCAGGCACUGCAACAUUCAAGCUUUCCACAACACAAGGUGUACAGCCCGGCGUCAGCACACAAGUCAUCACCAGACCAGCGGGCCAGACCCAGCCGGCGCAGAUCAAACCGGCCCCGCAGCCGCCGCAGAUGGUUCAGACCGCCAUCCAGCCGCAGCCGGUGGCCAUGGCGCAGCCCAGGAUGGUACAGCCCAACCCAGCGACAGGACACAUAGCCACCACGAUCUUGCCAGGUACUACUCGUCGUUCCUUAGGUACAGCUGCGGUACCUGUACAGCAACCUGCGCAGUCCAGUCUGACCCUCACACCGGAGGCUAUAGAGAACGUGAAGAAGUGUAAGAACUUCCUGACCACCCUGGUGAAGCUGGCCAGCAGUGGGAACCAACCGCCUGAAGUGGUCAAGAACGUCAAGGAACUGGUGCAGAAUCUACUGGAUGCUAAGAUAGAGCCCGAGGAGUUCACCCUCAAACUGCAGACCGAGCUGAAGUCCUCCCCACAGCCAUACUUAGUUCCCUUUCUGAAGAAAAGUCUACCGUACGUCCGACAAGCACUGGCAAAAGGGGGUGCGAUAGGCGGUAUGCAGAUUCCUCCUCAGACCUCGUCCAUUGCACAAGCUCCGGUUGCCACAACGACAUCGUUCGUGACGUCCACGUCCAGCCGCCAGUCGGUGGUGGUGACCACACAGAGCCAACACCCGCCCAACGUCAGACAACAGGCAGCCAUCAAGAUUGCUCAGAUGACGGCCCUCCAACAGGCCCAGCUCAAAGCCAUGGGUCAUUCCACCACCCAGGCCGCUAACCACCAGCAGCGGCCAGUCCUGGUCACCACCCAACAGAAGGGUGGGGUCAUGAGGUUUUUACCAGGGACACCCCAGUCAACUCACAAGGUGAAAGAAUCUCCAUCAAGACCACAGGCCAGACAUCCAGGAGGACACGCUGCCUUCUCCAGGGACGAUGAUGACAUCAAUGACGUGGCCUCCAUGGCUGGGGUCAACCUCUCGGAAGAGAGCGCCCGUAUCCUAGCAACCAACUCAGAGCUGGUGGCCACGGAGCUGAGGUCGUGUAAAGACGAGACCUUCCUGACGUCCGCUCCACUGAGGAAAAGAAUACUAGAAAUUGCAAGAAAACACGGUUUAGAAGAUGCGAGUCCUGAUGUAGUGAGUCUGGUGUCACAUGCAGCAGAGGAGAGAUUACGCAACUUGUUAGAGAAACUCACCGUCAUAGUCAGACAUAGGAUGGAGGCUUACAAGGAUGACUCUAGGUACGAGGUGACAGGCCAGGUGAGACAACAGGUGAAGUUUCUUGAGGAGUUGGACAGACUGGAGAAGAAACGGCACGACGAGCAGGAGAGAGAGAUGCUUCUCAGAGCAGCUAAGAGUCGAUCCAGACAAGAAGACCCUGAGCAGCUCAAAUUAAAACAAAAGGCCAAAGAGCUGCAACAGCAGGAACUGGAGAAGAUCAGGAACCAGGAGGCCAACAUGACUGCACUCAUGGCCAUCGGCCCCCGUAAGAAAAGAAAAGUGGACUCUCCCGGACCUGGCAGCUCCUCCUCCUUCACACCUGGAGCUUCUGUGCAGCCUGUGCGGCCGCGGACCAAGCGAGCCAACCUCAGGGACCUGAUCUUCCUGCUGGAACAGGAGAAGGAGACGUGUAAAUCCAACAUGCUCUACAAAGCCUAUCUCAAAUAACAAACACUGACAGGGACCACUGUCUCUAGUUCAUCACUCUCAAAA